CGAGCGUGCUUUUAUAAAAGUCCGGCUCCGGCCAGGACUUCAAUUUGUUGCCUGCCUCAGCAGGUAACAGUUGCUCUCGGGGGGGUUGGUAACCGUCGCGGCUGCCGAACGAGCUGUUACCAUGGAAGAGAUCAAUAUAUACACUUCUGAUAACUACUCUGAAGAGUUGGGCUCAGGGGAUUAUGACUCCACAAAGGAACCCUGCUACCGGCAUGAGAAUGCCCAUUUCAACCGGAUCUUCCUGCCUCCCAUCUUCUUCAUCAUCUUCUUAACUGGCAUAGUGGGCAAUGGAUUGGUGAUACUGGUCAUGGGUUACCAGAAGAAGUUGAGAAGCAUGACUGACAAGUAUAGGUUGCACCUGUCGGUGGCUGACCUCCUCUUUGUCCUCACGCUUCCCUUCUGGGCAGUUGAUGCCAUAGCUGACUGGUACUUUGGGAAAUUCCUGUGCAAGGCACUCCAUGUCAUCUACACCGUCAACCUGUACAGCAGUGUCCUCAUCCUGGCCUUCAUCAGUCUGGACCGGUACUUGGCCAUUGUCCAUGCCACCAACAGUCAGAGGCCAAGAAAGCUGUUGGCUGAGAGGGCCGUCUACAUUGGCGUGUGGCUCCCUGCUCUCCUGCUGACCAUUCCCGAUUUCAUCUUUGCUGACAUUACUGAGGACAAGGAAAGGUACUUCUGUGACCGCCUUUACCCCAGUGACCUGUGGACGGUUGUGUUCCAGUUCCAGCACAUUAUGGUUGGCCUUAUCUUGCCGGGAAUCGUCAUCUUGUCAUGUUACUGUGUCAUCAUCUCCAAGCUGUCACACUCCAAGGGCCAUCAGAAACGCAAAGCCCUCAAGACCACAGUCAUCCUGAUUCUGGCUUUCUUCACCUGCUGGCUACCCUACUACAUCGGGAUCAGCAUCGACUCCUUCAUUCUCCUGGAAGUCAUCAAGAAAGGAUGUGAGUUUGAGAAUACUGUGCACAAAUGGAUUUCCAUCACUGAGGCCCUGGCAUUCUUCCACUGCUGCUUGAAUCCCAUCCUCUACGCCUUCCUUGGGGCCAAAUUUAAAACCUCCGCCCAGCACGCCCUCACCUCAGUGAGCAGAGGGUCAAGCCUCAAGAUCCUCUCCAAGGGAAAGCGGGGUGGACACUCUUCUGUUUCCACAGAGUCUGAGUCCUCUAGUUUUCAUUCUAGCUAACGCUGAUGUAAAGACUUAUUUAUGUGUGUGUGUGUGUGUGUGUGUGUGUACAUAUGUAUGAUAAAAAACUUUUAAGUUACACAUUGUUCAGAUACAAAAGACUGACCAAUACUGUACAGUUUUUAUUGAUGGAGUUUUUCUUGUGUUUCUUUAGUUUUUGUGAGGUUUAAUUGAAUUAUUUAUAUAAAUAUUUUUUUUUUGUUUCGUGUUAAUGAGCAUGUAGGCAGGACCUGUGGCCAAGUUUUUAGUUGCUGUUUGUAGAAAUGUAGAAAAGGGAACUGAACAUUCCAGAGUGGUGAAUCGCAUAAAGCUAGAUGUGAUCCUCAGCUGUUUGUGAAUAAUUUCUCCAUUCCAGUGGGACAUCCCCCCCCCCCCAUUCUUAAGUUGUUUGGUUACACUGUGUGAUGUGACUAUAGAAAAGAACACUUGGAACCAAAGCCUCAAGUGGUAUAGAAACACCAGUUUUUCAGUUUUCAAGAGUGGGUUGAUUUCAGCACCUACUAUGUACAAUCUUGUGUUAAGUUGCUAAUAAAAGUACAUGAAAACUUA